CAGGCGCAAGAGCACUGCCAUUUGAGCACUGAAAGACAAACUGUGCAUGUCAUGAAAAAGUCAACAGAUGUGUCGUGAGCGGUGCCGGUCUUGAAUUUCUCCUAUGGUACAAUUAUCUACGCAAGCCACCAUACGCUCACAUAACCAAACGUUUAGACGCUGCCAGAUGAAGCGUUUGGAAGAGCCUCAAAGCCUCUCUCACUACGCAAUGCCAAGUAAGGAGUGUCGCGAUACAUCAUCUCACUCUGCCCGCUCUAUACAGAAUGCUGGACCUCGUCGCAAAUGCCCAGUACUGCAGUAAUAUCCUCUCCGCGACGCCGCAGGUAUAUUAUUCGAUUUGCAAAGCACGCAUCGUCAUA